AAAAUAGAAACGGGAGGAAGAAGUAUCAAUGUCCCAGUACCAUCUUAAAACGCUUGCCUUCACUGUUGCACUAGCGCGCUCGAUCUCUGCCAGUCCACCUUAAAUACACAAUGUGGGUAACGCAGGCGUAGAGCAAGGCUUCCGCUUCAUUCCCAGCCGGGCUCGGACCGGAUCGGAGCAGCAGCGUCACUUCGGAGAAGACACAGUAAAGGUACUCGGUGCAACCAAACCGAGCCCAGCCCAGCACCAUGUCCGAGCCGAAGUACCGCGACUGGAUUUUGGAGACUAUUGAUUCAUUGCGCUCAAGAAAAGCUCGACCGGACCUGGAUAGAAUAUGCCGAAUGGUACGGAGGCGACACGGGUCAGACCCGGACCGAACCCGUUUGGAACUGGAGAAACUGAUCCAGGAGCAAACGGUACUGAAAGUUAGCUACAAAGGGUCCAUUUCGUAUCGCAACGCGGCCAAGGUGCAGAGGAAAAGCCGAAAGAAAAUAGACCAAGGCGCUGGCGCUGGUGGCGGCGGUGCCGUGGGGGAUCAGACCAAAAAUGCCGAUCUUAACAACGACGGCGACACCGCUCCCAGUCCCGUAGAAAGAAAGGAUCCCCACGGCAAAGGAGCUGAGGGCUGUGGGGCGAGGCAGUCCGACGACCCCCAGCCCAAAACGGGAGGUAUUAGUGAGAAGGAUGAAGGGGAUUUGGUCCCGAGUAGCGGAAACAGUUGUCUGUGCUGUGGCGCAGCGGCUUGCAAAAGUCAACCUCGCGCUGCUCCCGGCAGCAGCGUGAACGCAAGUGCGUCCAGAGAGAAGAAACCGCAAGAGCCGAGCCGAGAGAAGGGCACGGAUAAUGGAAGCUCUCUCGCUAACAAGACCAGGGGUACCCGCGGGGUGGAAGCAAGCUUGCCUGAACGCGAGUGCUACAACAGUAAUAAACAACGGAGAACUUGCAGCCACCACGGGCACACACAAACGCAUCUCAAACCCAAAUGUAAGGUCGGUCCCGCUCCGAAGGCGAGCCGCAGCAGUUCAGACGAGCCCAACCCAGACCUGGGUGACCGGUUAGUGGCUUCUGUGCGGAGCCUGGCGGAAAGGAGGGGUCCGUGUGCAUCUAGGGGACACACGUCUCUCGGCUUAAAGGAAAUAUUGGGAUUCCUGAGCUCCCACGAGCGGCUGUCUGAGGAGAAGCUCACUCGCAGCAAAGUGAAGGUGGUCCUGGAGAGGGAGGUGGCGAGGGGUCGGCUUCGCAGGACGAGGUUCGGGAACAUCACUCUCCCGGUCAGAGGGGCUGGGGUGAAAUCCACCGCUCGGUUGGCGAAGAGCGCAUUGCAAGGCAGGCAGAGCACGAAGAAGGAGGAAAAAGACACUGAAGGGGCAAUGGAGACAGAUGCCAGUGAGGAGGAGACCCCCCCUGAGCCGGAAGACAAAGGUUCUGCUGAGACUCCAUCCCCUGACCAACAGGACCAAGAGCUGACGGACAUAAGCACUGCAGCUGCAGAGAGGGAGGGAAAAGACACACUGUCAGAGGAGGGCAACACAAAGGGCUUCCUGCCUGACAUUCCGACUGUCGCCUCCCAGGACUCUAUCCUGGAACAGAAGCAAGAAUGCACGUCCUCCAAGGUGAAGGAAUGCUCCUUCCAGAUGGACACUUGCAAAGACAAGGAGAUGGAAGCCGUUCUGCCCAGUGAAAACAAAAUCUCAGAACAGUGCACGCUUGUCAAGGUACUUCCCAUAAGCCAUGUGGACCUUCAACCGUCUUCUUGCAGUGUUCCGGACCUGGUCAAAGAGUGCACUGUUGAAAAAUGUCAGCGUAGCUCCUAUGCAAUUGAAGACAUGCUUCUGGUGCUUCAGGAAAAUACAGAGGCUUCAGAGGAGGUUGUGCCACAGGAGGCGGUGUGUCUGACAGUCCAGGGUGACGUCAAGAAUGGAGAAGAGAAGAUGCAGAUGGAAGAAGUGAUUGUUAUACCCGAAGAGCACGUGCCUGACUCCAGCACAACACAGGUCAGAUUGAUGGAGUGUUCAGAGGGUGUAACAUUAUCAUCUGUACCUGCCCAGAGCCGUUUGGGCUGUAAAAUGGAGGUUGGUGUUGCAUCCUGCCUGCUGACUCCUUCUGCUUCCCCUGGAGAUACAGACACAGCCGAGGAGCGCGUUCUGAACGGAGACCUUUUUGUGAAGUCCGAGAAGCCCGGCAUCGAUCCAAUGGACUGGACAGUCUCCGAUGUGGUCAGCUACUUCACAGCCGCUGGUUUUGGAGAACAGGCAGGAGCUUUCAGGACGCAGGAAAUUGAUGGCAAAUCCCUCCUCCUGAUGCAGCGGAAUGAUGUACUGACAGGCCUGUCCAUCAGACUAGGCCCCGCCCUCAAGAUCUAUGAAUAUCAUGUGAAGGUGCUCCAGAGGACCCACUUCCAGGAUGAUAGCACCAUCUGCUGAUAGAUCUCCACAUCACCCCAUUUUAUGAACUUUUUAAUGAUGUGAAGAAGGUGCUGCUUUUUUCCGUGAUAGGAAUUGUAUGAUCUCAAGAAAAGCAGUAGGCGAUGACGGAGCAGACACCUCAUCCAACCAUGAUUAAGACCCUCGGCUUUGAUUUUAGAGGACGGCCUCUUCAUUCCUGCCUAUGUGUUCCAUUUCAAGACUGUCAUUGCUGAAGCUUUCCAAUUUUUUGCGUUGAAACCAGCGGUGUGGCCUCCCCUGACUUGCUGACACCCAGACCUUUUAACCCAUUUCUUCCUCACAGUGACUCUCUCAUUGACAGCAGGCAAGGGUUCCUUCAAGCUGGACUCUUGACAACACAUUUAUCCAUUUUCAAGGUUACUUUACAGAGGUCACACAUCACUUUUUGUACUAAUGCUGUAUUUUAUAAGGAUUUUUGGAAGUGGUUAUGUCAAAAGAAUCCCCUUCCCUAUUUAUGAAUCCUUUUUUUUGGCAUUGUUAUAAGCUUUUUAAAUUUAAAAUUAAUUUCCCAUAAAAUUCCAGUUUUGAUAACUAUUUGUUGCCAUACGCUUUAAAAACUGAGUUAAUGUUUGUGUAAGUGAUGCUUCUUUAUAACUGUCUAGUGAUGUAUAAGCAAAAUAUAAAGUGUGUGAGCAGCUGCCCA